GCGCCAAACAACUAGACAUUCCUUUAAUGAUUAGUAUUUUCAUAUCGUGGAAUUGAAAACAUUUCAUUUCGUCGUGUGAUGUGAUAUUAUGAAUGUUUUCUCGGUAACACAUUAGAUAAUUGCAAUGAUUUGCACACGUAUUCAAUUUUCAGGUGUCCAGUUACAUUAGCAUGACACCAACAGAGGGCAAAGCAAACCGCGAAUAGCAGUCAAAACCACUCCUGCAGAUGGCACUUAACUAUUGAUAGACGUCGUAUGUCUUGAUCAUUCACACUAGAUCAUGGAGCUCUACACUCUCAAACUUCUCCUGCCUUUACUGUUACAGUUGUUAACUGUGAACGCACAAGAGCAAGAUCGAUGUCGCAAGAACGUAGACCUUGGUUUCCUGAUGGAUUCGUCAGGAAGCAUCGGAGACCAGGAUUAUCAAAAAGAAAAAGAAUUUGUCAAGUCUCUUGCCUCUACUUUCAUCCUCUCUCGUCGAAAUACGCAAGCUGGGGUCAUAAUCUACAGCGACGACGCUCUAAUGUACUCCACAUUUGGUCAAUAUCCGGAUAUUGAAAGAUUUAAGAGGGCGGUUGAUUCGUUACCGUAUUUAAGGAAAAGAACUCGAAUCGAUAAAGCUUUGAAAUUGGCCGCGACGAAUCUGUUUACGAGUCAAGGGGGAGCUCGACCUGAUAAGGAAGACAUCAUGGUGAUUCUAACAGACGGAGUUCAAACGCCUGAUCCUGAUGCGGUGCCACUGGUUGACGCGGUCCUUCCCUUACAUGAAGCUGGAGUACGCGUGUUUGCUGUUGGAGUAGGAGGUCACUACAAAAGGAGCGAGUUACUACAGUUAGUUGAAAGAGAAAGUGAUGUGUACGAGGCAGCUGACUUUGACGAACUGCUACGACUUGUUAAAAGAAUUGCGCGGGGAACUUGCGCUCCUGCACCCGUAAUUGUGCCAAAAUGCCGGUACCGCGCAGAUCUUGGUUUUUUGAUGGAUGCAUCGAACAGCAUUGGCGAGACUGACUUUCAGAAAGAAAGAGAUUUUGUCCACUCUCUGGCUUCAGCCUUCACGUUUGGUCACAAUGAGACCGCAGCAGCAGUGAUAACCUACAGCGAUACAGCCACGCUGAACAUUCCACUCGGGCAUCACUACUCAGUGGAUAGUUUCAAACAAGCUGUAGAACGAAUCCCUUAUAUCUUGGGAAGGACGCGCAUUGACAAGGCUCUGAAGCUAGCUAGCACUGAUAUAUUCUCUAACAGAGGGGGCACUCGUCCUGGGCUUCCCAAGCUUUUGGUCAUCUUAACCGAUGGUGUCCAAACACCGGACCCUGACGCCAUUCCCUUGAAGGAGGCAGUCAUUCCUCUACAGAAUAAGGGUGUCACGAUAUUGGCAGUUGGUGUUGGUAGCAGAAUAGACUACAAUGAACUGAGAUCGAUGGUGCAGAAAGAUAACGAUGUUUUCACCGCCACAGACUUUGAUGAUCUUCUUAAUAAAGCUUAUCAAAUAUCUGAACAAACUUGUGAGGACGUUAAAACUCAAAUAGAAAACGUUGAUGGAGGCUGGUCAUCUUGGCAGCCGUGGGACACCUGUAUACCCUCCUGUGGUGGUGGUUUACAAACAAGACGACGUGUCUGUGAAAGUCCGUUUCCUCGGGGCAAUGGGCUGCCAUGUCAGGGACCUGCGAGUGAGACACGUGCAUGUAACCAACAGCCGUGUCAAGACCGCAAGAGCUGACAUUGGAUUCGUCAUGGAUGCAUCAGCCAGCAUUGGAGAAUUUGAUUUCCAGAAGGAAAGAGACUUUGUCAAGGCUGUGGCAGAUUCAUUCACCCUUGCAAGUGAUCAAGCUAUAGUUGGAGUCAUUACGUACAGUGACAACGCAAAGCUCGAUAUUCCUCUCGGAAAAUAUAUGUCGGCAGAAAGGUUCAAACUGGAGGUCGAUCGUAUUCCAUACAUCUUAGGACGAACAAGAAUAGACAAAGCCCUGAAGCUCGCGAGCACGGAUUUCUUCGGUAAAAACGGAAGAAGUCGACCGGGUUUUCCUAAAAUCAUGAUCAUUCUCACGGACGGCGUGCAAACUCCAGAUCCAGACGCAAUUUCUUUGGAUCAGGCUGUGAUUCCUCUCCGUCGCGCAGGCGUAAGAGUCUUUGCUGUUGGCGUGGGUGGUCACACUAGACCAAGUGAACUACGCUUGAUGGUUGAAAGACCUGAUGAUGUAUUCAUGGCAGAAGACUUUGAUGACCUUUUGCAAAAGACUUACGUAAUUGCACAAAGAACUUGCGAAGGGGCUCAAGAUAAGCCAGUUGAUGGUGGAUGGUCAUCAUGGCAGAAUUGGGACAAAUGUAUCCCUGAAUGCGAUGGAGGCCAGCAAACCAGGCGAAGGUCGUGUAACAAUCCCUCCCCGGCCCAUGGAGGACGCGCGUGCCCUGGAUCGAGCAGUGAAACAAGAGCUUGCAACCAGCAGCCUUGUAUUGGAAAAAUUCAGUGCUCUGCAAGAGUUGAUCUCGCUUUUCUAAUGGACGCAUCGGGAAGCAUCGGAAAAUGGGAUUUCCAGAAAGAAAGAGACUUUGUCAAGGCCAUGGCGGCAUCCUUCAACUUCGCUCGUGACCAGACCUUAGCAGCGGUAAUAACCUACAGUGACAAAGCUAACUUAGAAAUUCCAUUUGGUCGCCAUCUUAACACAGAUAGCUUUCGUUUGGAAGUCGAUCAGAUUCGAUAUACCUUAGGACAAACACGAAUCGAUAAAGCACUUGCUGCGGCCGCCGAUAAAGUAUUCGCGCCAGGCAAAGGGACGCGACCUGGUUUUCCUAAGGUGAUUGUGAUUCUUACUGACGGUGUACAGACUAAAGAUCCAGAUGCUAUUCCUCUGGGUCAAGCAGUUCUUCCCCUGCGUAGGAAGGGCGUACAGAUAAUAGCUGUUGGCGUUGGAGGUCAUGCGGAUCCUAAUGAACUGAGGCAAAUGGUGGAGAGAAGUAGUGAUGUUUAUACUGUAUCUGAUUUUGAUGAUCUUUUGAAGAAGGCGUAUGAUAUCGCGCAGAGAACGUGCGACGGCGCAAGUAGACCACGAGUGAAUGGCGACUGGUCUGAAUGGUCGGGCUGGACAACUUGCAGCGUGUCUUGUGGGAGCGGGGUACAAAACAGAAAAAGGAAUUGCGACAAUCCUUACCCUUCAAAUGGUGGAUAUCCUUGUUCUGGACAGAGUGAAGAAGAACGUUCCUGCUAUGAACGGGCCUGCACAGGAAAUCUAAGGGUCAAUGGAGGUUGGUCUGAUUGGUCAAGAUGGUCUCGUUGCAGCGUGACGUGUGGCACAGGAGUCGAAACCAGACAGAGAAGGUGUGACAAUCCUUACCCAUCUAAUGGUGGAUAUCGAUGUUCUGGACCGAGCGAAGAACGACGAGCAUGCUAUCAACGAGCCUGCAUAGGAAAUCUUAGGGUCGAUGGAGGUUGGUCUGAUUGGUCAAGAUGGUCUCGUUGCAGCGUGACUUGUGGCACAGGAGUCGAAAGUAGACAAAGAAGGUGUGACAAUCCUUACCCAUCUAAUGGUGGAUAUCGAUGUUCUGGACCGAGCGAAGAAAGACGAGCAUGCUACCAACGAGCUUGUAUAGGAAAUCUAAGGGUCGAUGGCGGUUGGUCUGACUGGUCAAGAUGGUCUCGUUGCAGCGUGACGUGUGGCACAGGAGUUGUAACCAGACAGAGAAGGUGUGACAAUCCUUACCCAUCUAAUGGUGGAUAUCGAUGUUCUGGACCGAGCGAAGAACGACGAGCAUGCUACCAACGAGCCUGCAUAACGAGUAGGAGAGUCGAUGGAGGUUGGUCUCAAUGGAAUGACUGGCGCCAAUGUUCUCGUACAUGUGGCGGAGGUUCUCAGAUCCGGUAUCGUGACUGCUCUAAUCCUCCGCCAUCCAAUGGAGGACGAGACUGUUAUGGAAGGGCUCAGGAAUCUCGGCUCUGUGCUGCUAAUCCUUGUCCAGCCAGAAUCGACGGACAAUGGUCACCAUGGAGUGACUGGGCUCAGUGCUCCCGGACAUGUGGCGGCGGCGUACAGUCGAGGUUGCGCACAUGCUCUAACCCUUCACCAUCCAAUGGUGGUCGAGACUGUUAUGGUAUAAGACAGGAAUCCCGUCUGUGCUCUACUACGCCUUGUGCGGUUCCAAUACCAACAACUUCAGAUUGCCAAAAUCUCAACGCCAUGGUUGGAAUUCUGAUGGUGGAUUCUCGAAGUGUCGGCCAAGAGAACUUCAAAAAACAAAAGGAUUUCGUGAAGCGUGUGGCCUCCUCUUAUGGACUUUCUACCACGGGAACGCGAGCGGGAAUCAUUGGAUAUAGUGAUAGUGCCCAGGUGUACGCAAAAAUGGGCGAACAUACCGACCAAGCCAGCUUCGAACGAGCAGUCGAUAGAGUGAUUUAUACGAGAGGAACAUCGAGAUUCGAUAAAGCACUGAAGCUUGCGUCGCUGCGAUUCUUCCCUUCAAGUGGUGUUGUAACAUUUGGUAUUCCAAGAAUCCUCAUUGUCUUAAUAAACAAGCCACUAACAAGAGAGUUUGACACGGUACCACUAUAUCAGACUGUUCUGCCGUUAAGGAUUGCCAACGUAAAGGUGUUCGUGAUUGGCAUUGGACAACAAGUGAAUCGAAAUGAACUGAAUGUGGUAGCAGACGAUGAAAAGGAUGUUUUCCUUGUGCGUGACUUUGAUGAUCUUCUGGCGCGUAGCCGUCAAAUCAUACAAUCAUCGUGUUCAGAAUAUCUACCAAAAACCAGAGCACGCUGCCUCGGUACAUCAGAUUUGGGCUUCAUACUAGACGCCUCGGGUAGUGUGGGUGCUGUAGGAUUCAACAAACAGCGUCAAUUCGUAACUUCCGUAAGUUCAUCCUUCAAUGUGGGGCCUUCGUCAACUCAUAUCGGUGUCAUCACCUAUAGUAGUUUCGCUGUAGUCAGACUUCGAUUUGGGGAAUUCAACUUAAUGGAUCAAAUCACGAGAGCUGUAGCAACGAUUCCUUACACGAGGGGACAGAGUCGCAUUGAGGAGGCGUUGAAGCAAGCAACGAACGACCUAUACACAGUUAGUGGUGGCUCGCGCUGGGGGCUACCUAAAAUUGCCAUUCUAAUAACCGAUGGGUUGCAAGUACAAAACCCUGACGUAGAGCUUCGUCAGGCCUCAGAGGCUUUGCGUCGAGCUGGUGUUAAGAUCAUCGCUGUUGGAAUAGGAAACGAUCAAGAUAGUGACAACCUACGACUAUUGGUCAAUUCAAACAACCACGUGGUUAUAGUACGAGACUAUGACGAACUUCUGAGGAGAGCCAAUGAAAUUGCGUUACUGACAUGUAAUGGUGUUCGUGGGUCGUUUCCAACCUUCAAUCCAGGAAAUAUAGGCUCGCAAAUAUCGUGCCCCAACGUAAUGGACUUAGGCUUCGCCAUGGAUUCGUCUUCUGCACUGGGAAUAAAAAAUUACCUCAAGGAAAAAUAUUUCGUCAAACAAAUCGCGACGCACGUGGGAUUAAGGCCAGAUGGCAGUCGGGUUGGUGUAUUGAUCUAUGGAGAUACAUCUAUGGUAGAGAUUAGGAUGUUACAUCAUCGUGACGUUUUGUCUUUUACGAACCUCGUGGACCGAUUGCCUUAUUACAGUCAGCGCAGAAGGAUCGACAAAGCGUUAGAAACCGCAAACCUCAUGUUCCAGGUGCCUCCGCAGAGUCCUCGAGUUUUGAAAGUUUUUGUUCUGUUGGUGAAUGGAAAACAAACCCUGACCUACAACUCAGUACCUUUAUCUCAAGCAGCUCAGCCCUUGAGGAAUGCAGGGGUCAGGGUUAUUGUGAUUGGAGUUGGGAAUGUAUCUGCCAAUGAACUGCGUAGUGUAGCCACGAAUUCACGAGAUGUUUACUUGAUACCGAGCUUUGAUGUUUUAAUAUCGCAAGUGGAAAACUUUAAAAGGAUAAUUUGUGAAGCUGGAGCAAGAUCUUCAAGACUUGGCUAGAUGUUAGCCCCACCAGCGAAUAAAUAAAACUAUUCAAAUGAGUCGAAAAGUAAGACUCGGAAAAGGAGUAUCUAAAUAACCACAAGAACGUUACCAUGGCUACGACAUAUCGGUAGCAAACAGACAACAAGUCCAAUCUCUGCUAAUAUAACUUGCUGGCAUUUUUUUUCUUUUCAGAAAAUUUAUUUAGAAGACUUAAAUAAGCUUACAUGUACAUGUUUAUCAGUGGCCUAACAGUGUACAAGUGUAUAAAUGUAUAGUGAGUACCGUUACGCCGAAGUUUCCAGGAAUCUUCAAGUUUUAAAUUGUAAAUUAUCAAAGAUUUUUCAAUAUGUAAACUGGGGUUAGAAGAGUUGAGAUAGACACUAUGGGAGCCCAUAUAUUUUUACACAAAUAAUAGAUAUAUAAUACGUCAAUAAAGUAGUUUUUGGGCCAAAAUCUUUGACAGAAUGAGAGGAAACAAGAGGUAAAAGGUCAUGAAAUACUGCAGAUGUUGGCAGAAUACCCUAAAUAAAAAAACCUAGUAUUUUUUCACACACAAAAAA